GAUGCAGUAAAGCGGUGUACAGUGAUGGGACGGCCUGCCGGGCGAUGGGUCAUUUAUUCCACGACACUUGUUUCACCUGCAGCGUUUGUGGUGAAAUCCUCAGGGGCAAAGCAUUUUAUACAGUUUCAGGAAGAAUCUACUGUGAGGAGGAUUUUUUGUACUCAGGACUUCAUCCGUCAACAGAAGUGUGCAGCAGCUGCGGGUACUUAAUCAUGGACAUGGUCUUGCAGGCUCGUGGGAAAUCCUACCACCCGACCUGCUUUCGCUGUGUCGUCUGCAGACAGAGCCUGGAGGGUCUGCCCUUCUCUGUGGACGCUGACAGCAGGGUUUACUGCGUCAGCGACUACCAAAAGGUCCAGGCUCCUCGGUGUGCUGCCUGUAGAGGGCCGAUACUGCCAACGGAGGGGUCUGCCGAGUCUAUUCGAGUGGUAUCAUGUAACAGGAAUUACCACGUAGAGUGCUACAACGGUGAGGUUAAUCUCAUUUGA